AACUAUUUGGUCUCAGUGGACCGAGCAGAUUGUGGAGGCGGAGGUUGAGGGAAGAGGAGAACGGAGGAAAAGGGGGACGCGCGAGACGAAGUCUGGGAGGAGUCUUCCAGCUAGCUAGCUAGCUAGCUAGCUAGCUUUGAUAUUGGCCAGCGGAUACCGGAGAUGUCGACGGAGACGAGCCCCGAGUGGCUGCCCGAUGGGUGGACGGCGGUGGCGAAGACCACCCGGAGCGGCGCGACGCUUUGGUUCGUCCAUGAUCCCUCUACCGGUUCUGGAUUUUAUUCCAAGGAAGAAGUACUUAAACAUUUACAAGAGGGAAAAAUUUCCAAUCACACAGCCAUUCAGACAAGAAGUGCCAUUACGAGAUCUAUGGAGAAGAAACUAAAGAAGUGUUUGUCCAAUUCACUACAGAAAGAGAACAAUAAACCAGACUCCGUUGAACAUGCGCAUUCAGGCACGUUGCCUCCUGGUUGGAUCAAAGAGACCAGGCCUAGAAAGUAUAGUGAUAAAAAGGACCCGUUCUACAUUGACCCAGUGAGUGGUUAUGAAUUCCGCUCUCUAAAGGAUGCCUUUCGCUACAUUGAAACUGGUGACAUUGAGAGAUGCUUAUGCAAGCCAAAGACAAGAAGGAUCUCUGACCUCAAUACCUGUGAGAUGGAAUCUCCUCUUCAUGAAUCCAAAAUAGUAGACUCGAAAGAGAAUAAAUCAGAGAAAUGCCUAUUCACUGGAGGGAAACACAACUUGGAUGUGAAGAUGGAGACCAACACCAAUGAAUUUCCAGGGGAGUCAGAAGCACCUCUAGAUCAUGUCUGUGAAACAAAUGCAAAUUCUGGUUUCAUGAUGUCACCGGGCACUAAGCAGUUAGAUUGGCACCAUGAAAAAGAGAUCACAAUAGUUGGUAGUCCCAAUUCAAUAUGCCAUGAAGAUAAGGAAUCUAGAAUAGUGGAAUCCGACAAACAUGAAGCUAUGGUGGCAGCAACAAAAACGCUAUCAGCAUUCAACAGCUCUUGUCUCUCUAAGUUGCAAAGUGUCACAUUUGAUGGACUUGUAUCUGCAGAGCAGCUGAACAAUGGUGAUGACUAUAUACCUUGUCAACCAGAUAAGAUAACAAAUGGGCUAGGCUUGCCAACUUCGGAUGAAAAUUUGUUGGCAAGUACAGAGGAAGAGAACUUGAAUUUCAAGAAGCCUAAAAGGACAAGAAAUUAUUCAUCAAGCAACACUCAUAGUAUCAAAACAAUCACAAUGCCCCUUCGGUCAUCUCCACGAUUGGCUGCACUUCGAGCUGAUACUGAAAGCAAAUCCGAGCUGGUAAAGAAGUGGAAGACAGAAGCAAAACCUCUUGAUCUGCCACAUGUGAAUUCAUUAAGUGAAAGUCAUAAUACAAGUGACAUUCCAUCAAUAUCAUCUGACAACCCUGAAAUUUUGAAGAAGACACAUCUUUCUUUUGCAGAAGCUGCUCCACUGGCUGAAUCAGGAAUUAACAUAGACAAUCCAGUCUCAAAACUCACUUCGAUCUUUGGAAAUUCGUGGUCAGAUCCAUGCUUAGAAUUUGCCUUUAAGACACUGAUAGGGGAUCUUCCAGCAUUGGAUAAUACUUCAAUAUUCCAUGACUGUUCUCAGCAACAGCAGCAGCAGCAGCAGCAACAACAACAAAGUAGUUCAGCUAGAAGUUUGAAAGACUAGGAUUUGUUAGCACUACGUAGCAUCGGACAGCUUAGCCAAAAUGAACAUUUUGUGCAGCUGGAACCACCUAAGAAUAACAGGUUGCCCUUCAGAGGCAACAAAAUUUGCUUGGCAAAAACAACUUGCAGUCCCCAAAAUCUUGAAGGAACUCCACUGGAGACUGUAACUGAACCCUUGAGUUAUUGGAAAAGAAAGAAAGAUGAAAUUGUCUGUAACAAUAAUGUCUUUUGGAUAUUGUUUUAGAGUUUGAACCUAUUCUUUUGCACGGCAGCAUGCUGAGGAAGAGGAUGAUUUUGUAUCUCUUAAAUCACUCUUCCUGAUGCUCCUCUUUUGGUACUGUAACUGUAGUAAAAAGGACUUUUUUAGUUUAUUAACAAUUUAGUUAUUUCAUCUUUGGUUUUUUGGUAA